AUGCUUACGCCGUCCUUUAUUGAGAACAAUACAAUUUGCAUACUCAAUUUCGACCUUACUGUUUUACCUUCAUACGUAACUAACAAGAAGUUAAGGGAAAAUGCAACUACCUAUGAAUAUAGUAAGUAUUACAAUGAAGUGAACGAUUUAAAAUGGUAUAAAUUGACUAGCGAUUUAUUUAAAAAUCUAAGCAAAAAUAUAUCCUGGGUACAUGAGGAGGAUGCUGCUACGGAUGAGUUCGUUAAGAAGCGUUGCUAUGAUUUAAAUUACUGGUUAUGUGAUGAGGUAUAUAAUAAGCUUAAACCGUAUGGACUUGAGGGAGAACUACAGAAUGUUAUUCCUAGGAUUCAUGGUGUGUGGAAAAAAAUUGUUGAAAAUGAGUUUAAAGAUAAGAAUUAUAAAUGCUAUCCUGAUGAAAAAUUAAUUUUUAACAUGAGUUAUUUGAACGAUAUUAAGGAUUUAUUUGAUUUUUUUGAAGAUUUUGCAUUAACGAAAAAGGACAUUAUUGCUAACACAGAGGAAGCUUGCCACAAAUACCGUAAAUACCUUCAGACCAAAAUCCCCAUAUACUACACUUGGAGAGACUCAUGUCAAGAAGAAGGUUUUAUUUGUAAAAGAUAUAUUGAUAAUUAUGAAAAAUAUCGCCCAGCAGGUAUUCUGCUCCAAUUAAACCCUAUGCUUUUUUUUACUUAUUCUUCAAAUGAAUGUUUUAAAGAGGUUCAUGAUCUAUUUAGGGAUUCAAAGAAAGAACCUAAACGUAAUGACGAUAUAUAUAUAAAAAUUAUGGAAAAACUUAAGCGUGAACGCCCUGGAAAAAGUUUAAUUUCGGCGAAUGUAGGGGAAGGAUUACGUGGAUCCGAAUUUUUUAUUCCGGGUGAUAAUGAUAACUUUAUGUAUCGUCUAACAGUGAAUGGAUUUUAUUUUACAGUCGAAGUUAUUAUUCCAAUUUUGCUUUUUCUAUUAGGAAUGUUCCUAAUUUUUCAUAUUUUAUAUAAGUUCACUCCAUUUGGACGUUCCAUGUUACGCACACGAGCAAAAGUAAGACAGAGAAUCAGACCUAACCUAGAUUACGAAGACAUUGUAUUGUUAUAUGGAAGUGAGGAAUCGUUAGACAAUUAUUCUGAUGAUAACUCAUACAAUUUAAAUUACUCAUCCUCGUUAAGUUAA